AUGGGGUUUCUAGAGCUGUUUGUUGUUGCCUCUUUCCCCGUUAUCAAAGUGUUAUUGAUUACUGCACUUGGCUUGUUUCUUGCACUGGAUGACAUAUCAAUAUUGGGAGAUGAUGCAAGGAAGAUAGUGAAUCAGCUUGUGUUUUAUGUGUUUAAUCCCUCACUGGUGGGUAGCAAUCUGGCCAAAACGAUUACCUUUGAGAGUGUUGUUAAGUUGUGGUUCAUGCCGGUGAAUAUUCUUGCCACAUUCAUAUUAGGCUCGGCCAUGGGAUGGAUUUUGAUUAAGAUUACAAGGCCUCCCAAACACAUGGAAGGUCUAAUCUUGGGUUGUUGUUCUGCUGAAAUUCCUGAGGCUCCUAGUCCCCUUCCAGCUAUUGGAAACCUAGGGAACCUACCUAUGAUCAUUAUUCCGGCUAUAUGUAACGAGAAAGGCAGUCCUUUUGGAGAACCUGAUCUCUGCCAUCAAUAUGGAAUGGCUUAUGCUUCACUUUCUAUGGCGAUUGGAGCAGUUUUUCUAUGGUCAUAUGUUUACAACAUAAUGCGGAUUUCUUCAAGUAGAGUCCAAAAAGAAGACAAUACAACCAUUGAUGAUGCAUAUACCAUUCUGCUUCCUGAUGAAGAAUCGGAGAAGAAAAUUUGUGGCUAUAUCAUUGGUGUUGUCCCUCAAAUACGUAAUUUCGCUAUAGGCAAUGAGGCUCCGCUUCGCGUUGUCGAAGACUCUGCUUCCAUGUUGGGUGACGCAGCCAUCCCUACUGUCACUCUUAUAAUGGGUGCAAACCUACUUAAAGAAAAUAAUUAUGGGGAAAUGCAUGGGGCAGGUUUGAAAGGAUCAAGCACUCCACUGUGGACUGUUGUGGGGAUUGUGGCAGUGAGAUAUAUCUUUCUGCCACUUUUGGGUGUUGCAGUUGUGAAAGCAGCCAUACAUCUGAGUUUGGUGCAUUCAGAUUGUUUGUAUCAGUUCGUGCUUCUGCUUCAAUAUGCACUUCCCCCAGCCAUGAAUAUAGGCACCAUUGCUCAGUUGUUUGGAUCUGGAGAAAGUGAAUGUUCUGUAAUCAUGCUAUGGACAUACAGUUUAGCCUCAUUUGCAGUUACCCUUUGGUCAACUUUCUUUAUGUGGCUAGUCUCUUGA